AUGUCCGGUAAAACCUUCAUUGUCGAGCAUCUCGACCCUGAGCUUGAGCAAUGGUCAGCUCUUGAAUACAAGUGCAUUGCCAGAGAGACUGCAGCCUCAGGAUCCUCUUUCUACCUCACAUCUGUCCCGCAUGAGCUUCAAUUGCCCGAAUCUCUGAAGAAUGUCUCUGAACUGAACGUUGAACAUCGCGGCAUCGAGGAGAUCUAUGCAGACAAGAAGGACCGUGUCUGCCUGCUUGAUCCCGCAGCCAAACAAGAACUCAGCCCCGCCGACGGCGACAACUUCGACAUCUUUCUCUUUGGCGGUAUCCUCGGAGACGACCCACCUAGAGAUCGUACUUCGGAACUUCGCAAGAAGGGCUACCAAGGACGCCGUCUUGGACCAGUCCAGAUGACCACCGACACAGCAGUGCGUACCACUAGAAUCGUGGUCCAGGAUCGCAUCGAGCUGGAGAACAUCAAAUAUGUUGACCACCCCGAGAUCAAGGUUGACGAGCACGAGAGCACCGAGAUGCCUUUUCGCUACGUGCUUGACAAGGAUGGCAAGCCCAUCUUCCCAGAUGGCAUGAUUGAUCUUAUCAAGAAGGACUCGGAGCGUGGUAUCGAUGACCUGUUGUAA